UCGUGCGUUUAAAGUGCAACAGCAUGCGUUGCAGUCAGCACAAGUGACAGUACUUACUGCAUUUUCCGAGCAAACUAAAUCAACUGAACUUUAAUCGUACAAAACCGCCCCUGCUUCUUCGUCGUUUUUAUUGUUGCUUGGUUGGAAUCCAAUCUUAUUGGUGUUUCAUCGUAAAAACACCAGAGCUCCGGAAUGUACGUUGUCAAUGUUGGCGUGGAGCGAUAGCAGGCGCAGCCAUUGACUGGCAGCCUGAGCUGAAACAUUUUAAUAAUUCAGGCGACAACGACGAUCAAAGACAAAAUAUUACGUGGUUAAGUGGUAAUUCGUUUUAUUUUUGGAAUUGCAAAAGGAGACAACGUUGCAUUUGUCGUGUAGUUCCGGACCUUAACAUUUGUUUCUUCCGUGUUCUUUAGAAGUGAACACCAAUUUCAUUGUUGUUGACUAGCAACCAGCAAGCUCUGGCAACGGUGUUCUUGUGUCGGUUGCCACAUAAGCUCAUUUAAUUCUAACGAGUCGGCUUGUGUUUUUUGGGCGGUGUUUUUUGUCAUAGUACAUAAUGAAUAAAUACACGUAUAAUGGAUGGAUGUAGUUUGAAUGUGUCGUUCUGGGACAGAGGGGGCGAACAUUAACCCAUUCGAUACUAUCCUCGACUAAGAUGUCUUACCUGGAUUCAUCGGAGGUUGCUGAUGAGGAGGAGACUUUCUACAUGCAGUGCAGAGCCGCUUUCCUAAGUGUGUUCAGAUCUAGUCUGACCAAUAUCUCCUCGAAAAAGGAGUUGUGUCGAGUUCUCCAGUUAGCUGGUAGAAAUCCCUCCCAAGCUACUCUUGACAAAUACUGGAACCCAGGAACAACGCACAUGAACUUUGAUGAUUUCUGUGAGAUCCUGAAAAGAGAGUGGAAAACUGAGAAUGAUCUUAUGGGAAUUUUCAAAAAGCUGGACGCAAAUGGCGAUGGCUACAUCACACAAAGCCAAGUGGAAAAACUUCUUACAACUGGUGGAGAUAAAAUGACACCUGAAGAGGUGAAAGCCAUUUUCUCACUAAGCGACAUCAACCGGGAUGAUCGAUUUAAUUAUGCAGAGUUUUGUCGACAGCUCGUGUCCACUGCAGAGAAAUGUCAGAUGGCCUCUUUGGAGAAGCUCCAGUCUGAUGCCAAGCUGAAGAGACAAAACUUUGGCAGCCAUCCAGACAGCCCUCCAAAAGCCUCCGUGACAUCAGGAUCAUCACCACCUCAGCCUCCGGAAACAACCUGGUCAGAUCCAGAGAUCACACUUCGGAAAGAUAGCCGACCACUCUCCCGUCCUUCAUCUGCACGCAGUAGACGAUCGUCUCUGUCACACUCGGUCACUGCAACAUCCAGCGUCAGCAAGCAGUGGUAUCGCAGUUGCGUGAGGGGAUCUUUUUUCUUGGAAGAAGAUGGCGCCAUCAGCUCACUGCAGUACCAGCUGCACCUGCCCCAGACUUCCAAUGUUUCACUAAGCAUCCAGCCUAUGAGCCUCGACCAAAGAGCCAAUAAGACUUCCCCCUGGAUGAAUGUGGACACGGCUCUUUUUGUGAUGUUAGCUGGCGAUACGGAAGAGGAUUCGACACUCUUGUGUUUCACUAGUACAAAGGACAAAGAAAAGUACAUUUGGAGAGGUCAACUGAAAGCUGGGAUGUACUACCUACUGCCUUUCUCCAGUGGCUGCAGAUUAAAGAAAAGGAGUAGAAAAAAUGUCUCUAAUAGAUCCGUAGAACUUGUCUACAAGACAGACACUGGAAGACUCGACCUCACCAGAGAUUUUCGGGAGGCACUAUCGGAGAUCUUUUACAUGAUCGACCUGGAUGGGAAUGGUUUGCUCAGUCUUGAGGAAUAUAACUUCUUGGAGCUGAUGAUCAGUGGAGAGGAGUGCAAGAUGGGGACGUGGGCCAUCUGCAAAGAUAAUUUUGACAUGAGAGAGAAUCAACUGACAAAACAGGGCUUCAUGGAGCUGACUCUGAUGGAGGCAACAGACGGCGACACUGAUGAUCUGUGGACCCUUGUCGAGACCAUGGGCUACAACCGUAUGCUGGAACUGGUCGAGGCUUGCCCGUUCCAGAUAGACAUCCUCUGUGAGAGCACACAGCCAUCAGUUCAGCCUCUCAGACUGGACUCUGGGUCCAAGAUUCUGAACCAGGCCUUGCAGAAGUCCAUCACGUUAGAGGGUGCAGUCAAACAACUAAAAGGUCAAGACAAUGUGCUCAUCUACACCUACAGAGGAGAACACAGGGUAUCCUCCCUCAUAGUCAACAAGUCCAACCAGAAAGUGACGGUUCGUAUCAACAACAAACACAACAGCAACUGCUGCAGCAGUAGAGGCCUGAAUGUGUUUGCUAUAGAGGUGCCAGCCAGAACUAAGAUGGUGUGUCAACAUGUCCUGCCCAUCAAUGAAAAACAGGACUGGACCUACAGUUGUGUGGAGACUUUACUGUCCUCUAAAUAGAGCUGUAUACGGUUUGCUGCUCUUCUAUGCUUGUGACACCCAAGAGUUUGUUGAAGCACUUGAGAUGAUUGCAAAAAAAAAAAAAAAAAAAAAGUGGCGGCUUGAAUCAAUUAUGCUGCUCACGAAAAGAUAACCUUGCAUUUAGAUUCUCAGGUGCCUUCCUGUCUGUGGUGUAUUAUUAAAAUGUAUUUAGUUGACCGUCAUAUAUUCAGGCAAGCUACUUGAGAUCAGAUUCUUAUUUGCAACGCCGAGCUGGCAGAGUAAAACAAAGCCAAAUGACAGCAAUUACAAAUAUUGUAUACAGAUAACUGGUACAUAUCAUUGUCACCAUUCCUUUCUGAUUCUGCACUGCAGUAUCUGCUUUGGGGAGACUGUAUUGCACUGGCAAUGAAAUGCAUGCCUCUGGUCUGAACUUUACUUGCCCUUGGCCUUUUCAGCUGAGUCUUGACCUGGUAUUUAUAUCUCACAGACCAUUCUUUGCCCUUUGACUUUAUCUGCUGAAACAGUAGAGCCGGCUAACUAAAUGCCAUUUGGCAUAGGAGAUGUAUUUUAUGCCACUCUCUGCUUUUCUUUUUACAACAUGAUUUGCUUUACACCCUGAGCUGUUUUGGUGCAUAUUAUGUGUUGUUAUAAUUACUGUAAUCAGUGCAUAAUCUUUUUCAUUUUAUUUUAUUUUUUUUACUGGUAUUUUUCUUUUUUCAAAAGAAUCAAAUCACAAAUGGAAAAUCCGUCAUAUGUUAAUAGGAAGAAGGUUUGGCUUCCCUAUUUCUGUUUAUAAAGUCUUCAUUUUCUCAAUCGGCCUCAUUCGUUUUGUUUCAUGCUCUGCAGAGAAAUGAAAUAAGACUGAUGUUUAACUUUGCUCAGUUCAUGAUGAAUAAACACAAUGAAGCAACAGGAAAA